AUGUUCGGCAAUCCUUUACACGUCAGGAACCAUGUCAUAUCGUACGAUGGAUUCGCUUGCCAGCUGGGGCGAUCAACGUUGCCACCCAAAGAGAAGAGAGGGCUUGGGGCUCUGCUCGCAGCGAGCUCUUUGGCCUGCCAGGCUGUUCUGGGGGAGCGCUCCAAGGUGGUUUGCCUGCGCUUUGGACAGGAUUUCUCCCCUGAUUGCAUGAAGAUGGAUGAGGUGCUAUCAUCAGCAGCACAGGCAGUCGAGCAAGCGUGUGUUAUCUACGCUGUGGAUCUUCGCGAGGUGCCUGAGGCUGUGGCGGAGUUUCAGCUCAAUGCCCCUGCGCAGCUGAUGUUCUUCUUCCGCGGAAAGCCAUUAGAGCUUGACCUCGGUCGCGGCCCGCAGAGAAAGAUCGACUUUGUGCUCAGCAGCCGCCAGGAGUUCCUAGACAUGGUUGAGGCAGUCUGCAGAGGUGCACAACAAGGCAUGCAUUUGAUCGUGGCACCCCGGGACUACUCCAUGCAAUUUCGGUACUGA